AUGGGGGGAUGCAGCCUGGUCAAGAGGAGAAGGAUUCAUCAGAUAAUAACUUCAGGGAAGGCAGAUGUUUUUCUGAUCCAGGAAACUAAAUUGAGAAGCUGUUCGGAGGCGACGGCGAAAAGUUUCUGGUGCGAGGAAGGCAUCGAGUUUUCUGUGACGGAUUCAGAAGGUAUGUCUGGUGGUUUAAUUAUUCUGUGGAAAGCCUCGAAAGUGAAUGUGAUUGGUAGUUUUAGGGGUGAUGGUUUUCUGGGCAUCAUAGUGGAGUCGAAAGAGUUCGAGUCGAAAGAGUGUCCUCUCUAUAUCUGCAAUGUGUAUUCUCCUUGCGGUCUCUCUUCUAAACGUGUUCUUUGGAAAAAUCUGUUAGACGUUAAAGAGCGUUUUAACGAUGGCGAAUGGUUAAUUGGUGGAGACUUCAAUUCUGUUAAAAAUGGAGGGGAAAGGAGAGGGAGGUCGGCGUUGGGAAAUCAGGAGGAGUGGGAGGAGUUCGCUGGGUUCAUCUCUGAUGUAGGUUUGGAAGAUGUACCGUGCAAAGGUAAGAUUUUCAGUUGGAUUAGUAGUGAUGGCAGGGCGAAAAGUAGGAUAGACCAUUUUUUGGUUUCAAGUAAUUUAGUUAAUUGGUACGGAGUUGUUGGCCAACAUAUAGGAGAUAGAGACAUUUCCGACCAUUGCCCCAUUUGGCUAGUGGUGGAUAAAAUGGACUGGGGUCCGAAACCUUUUAAAUUCAACAAUGAGUGGUUUAAUCACAAGGAAUUUAUAGGUUUCGUAGAGAAGGAAUGGAAGGAUAUGUUUGUUCAAGGGCGUGGAGACUUUGUGUUGAAAGAGAAGUUGAGACUUCUCAAGAUAAAAUUGAGAUGGUGA